AUGAAUCUGCAUAAAUGGAACUCAAACAGUCAGGUGAUUCGAGAUGCAAUGAAGAAACUUUGGAAACAAAAGCUACAAUGGGACGAAAUUUUGACCGGAGACCUACUUAAUGAAUGGAACGAUUCCGCAAAGGCUAUUCUAGAGCUCAAAGAUAUGGCGUUUUCGAGAGCUGCCAUCUCUAUUCCAUUGAAUGAAGGAACUUUCCAGAUGCAUAUAUUUGCAGAUGCCAGUACAAAGGCAUAUGGUUCAGUGGCAUUUGUUUUUGUGUGCCAAAAAUCGUGUCGCCCCCUUAAAGAUGGAUGGUUCCAACGAGUAGACGCUACCAAAACUCGAGCUUACAGCCGCACUUGUAGCUGCACGUCUUCAUUCCUUCCUGAAAGGAUCGGAAAGGACAACCCAGCUGAUCUGGUCACCCGAGGUGUAAGCGGUGGCAUUCUCCAAAAGUCUGAAUUGUGGGUUCAUGGUCCCAACUGGCUUGAAAACAGUGACGACAGUUGGUUACAUGAUGAAGUCCAAGCUCCUGAAGUUCAAGCUCCUGCAGUCAGUACGAUGUUGCUUACUCAAUCCUCACCAGAACCCAUCAGGCGACCACUCUUGUUGUAUAACCACUACAGUAGCUGGACUCGUCUGACAAGAGUUACUGCAUUUGUCUUCCGAGCUAUACGAGCGUUUGAAAGAAAGAUGAAACCAGCUAAAGUUCUACCAAUUGACGAUGUACCCCCUUUAUGUGCAGUAGAAAUCCAACAAGCUGAAAAUCAUUGGUUGAGGUAUGUACAAAGUCAGUAUUUUACUAACGAAAUCAGUCUCUUGCAGAAAGGAAAACCUGUGUUGAAGUCGUCGCCGAUUUUGGAGCUGUCACCUUUCUUAGACAACAACAAUAUAAUGAGGUUGGGAGGCCUCCAAGCACUAGAUGAACCAAUGGAUGUAAAACACCCAAUUGUUCUCCCAUCACACUCCUAUCUCCUCAAUCUUAUAAUUGACAUAAUCGUCACGGACGUUCUUUGCAUGCAGGCGUUAAUACUGUCCUAA